CAUGCUCCCUUCAACUGACAUGUACAUUGCCUUAUUGUACCAGGUGCUCCAUGUAGGACCCUAUGAGAACCUGUGUAGCCCAGACUUUUUGCCAAAAAGGACAGCUGUAUACUCUGGGCUGCCAUAUAAACAGACAUAACCUGCAGCUUUACCCUUUCCCCCCUUUUUCUUGGAGCCUAGCAACAGUGGAUGGUGUGAUGGAGGACACAGCCCACACCUCUCAUCUGAUUGGCCAAUCCCUAGAGAGAACCCAGAGGAAGGGUGGAGUGAUGGAGAGAUUGGUGUGAGGACUGGGGGGUGCUGUAAGCUGGGACAGCAGAGAGGACAGCAGAACAAGCAGUGGGAUCCUGAGUGAGUUGCAGAGGCUGAGUUCCUGUGUGUCAGUUCCAGAGUAUCCUGUCAGCACUAGUAUCAUUGUGCAAGUCCCAGCAGCAACAGCAAGGAACUCCUCUGGAGAGAGAGGGAGUGAGAUCAGUGAGGUUUCAUCAGUAACAGCUCACUGCCCAUAUAAGAACAGAGGAAGUAGCAGCUACAGAGAAUGCCCUAUCCAUGCAGAGACAGUGCUGUGAAUACAGCAGCCAGAGACAGCACUGAGAGUUGAGUUGACUGCUCCCUGAACAACCCACUUGUGCAGACGUAUAUCCCUUACAUCUCCGAAGUAUCGUGAACGAACUUCCAUCUUAAGUUGGUAUCCCGGUACACAGAUAGUGUAAAGCGGACAUAAUCACCAGGUAAAAGAUCAUCUACUCACCCAAUAACAUUGUCCUUUAUUUGCCCGGGUAUCACAUUUGGCGUCAACGAACAGGAUCCGAGUGCAAUCAGGAGAAAACUCACUAAUUGAAAGAUGGAACAACAACAGGCUGCAGGAGGAGGAGCACCACCGGUAGUACAGAACCAGGAACAAGAACAACAGGCAACCCCGGCAACGACACCGAAUGCUCCAAUAACCUUACCCUACUACUUUGGGGCGCCGUGGCUUCCAACCUAUAGCGGAGAUGCCAACAAGCCACAGUGUACCACGUUUACAGAAUUCAAAAAUAAACUCAAAUCUAUGUUCCGGUUGUAUACCUUGAACGAACAGCAGAAAGUCGAGAUUCUGGUAGGUCAACUCACAGGGUCAGCUCUAAGAGAAGUCAUAUCCUGGCCCACUGAAAACAAGAAAGAGGUAGACCAGAUCUUAAAGAGAUUGUCCACUACUUUUGAGACAAAAACCCUCCCCGAGUUAAAAAUGAAGCUGUAUGCGCGCAAACAGCAACCGGGCGAGACCCUCCGAGACUACGCCCUGAGUUUACAAGAAACACUAAGAGCGAUCCAAGCAGUUGACAAAGAUGAAGUCAGAAAUGCAGACGAAGCGCUAACGAUUCAGUUUAUUGAAGGAGCCUCAAGGGAGAGUGUCAAAACCCAACUACGACUACUCAAAAUGCAAAUGCCGGGGAAAACCUUCCUAGACUUCAAGGAAGCCGCCAUCACAAUAACUGGCAACCAAUCGGGAAGAGAAGAAGAGUACCCAGAGCUGGUGGACUUCAGAGAAUCCUCAGAGCUGAUGGGAGCUACUGCUUCCAGUCCCGAAAGACCGAAACGAGUCAGAGAUCCAGUGGUGCAGAGUAGUCAGCACCCCUCAGGAGAUCAGAUACAAACCCUACGCAAGCAGAUGGAAGAGUUAACGGUGGGGAUGGCAGAGAUCCAGAGAGAAAUGCGACUCCUAGCGAGACCACCGACACCCAAUUCUGGAGAACCUAGAUGGAGGUCCGAGCGACAGAGGUCGGCCAGAAGACGCUGGGAACCACCUCCAGAGUACGGGCGGCGGCCUUCAGACCAGUUCGACAGCCAGGGUCGUCCCGUUUGUCAUCGAUGCCAGGCAAUAGGGCAUAUUGAGAGGAACUGCGACCAGAUCGAACAUUUAAACUCCAAUGCCCCGAGGACGGAGACCGAGCCUCGGGGGACACAAUAAGGUUAAAACCAACCUCUGAAGAAGGAUGGCCACACUAUGGCAGGCAAUGCCAUAUAAAUGCAGAUGAGUUAACCGACAUAUUAAAUACCGACACUCCUGUCCACACAAGGAAAAUUUCAGGAAAGGUCAUCUGGUUUCAUGUGCGACGUGGGUAUGGAUUCAUCAAUCGUGAUGACACCAAGCAAGAUACAUUCAUUCAUUAUACGGCCAUACAGAGGAACAACCCCAGAAAAUACUAUCGCAGCCUGGGAGAGGGAGAGAUGGUGGAAUUUGACAUAAUCAGGGGAGAGAAAGGUCUACGAGCAAUCAACGUCACGGGUCCAGGUGGUGCUCCAGUGAAGGGCAGCAGGUAUGCAGCAGAUCGCAGGCAUUAUUGGUGCCAUCCACACCGUGGAGGUCAUCCACGUCACUACCGAUGCCAUGGAGAUGGAAUGUAUUCCACAGAAAACGUGACAGAAAGUGUAAACCAGAGGCCAUCUGUAUGCAGUCAACAGGAUCCUAAUGCCGAAUCGCAGAGUGCAUUAUUGGGAAGAACAGCUAACCUUGAGAAACCAAGUGGAUAUACGCAACAGAACCUGCAAGAAACUGUUCGGUCGUUUCGGUGUGGACCUACGAUGAUGGAAGACACCAAUUCCAAUACGGCCUACCUCAAUCCGGCUCAUUCAAACGCUACUGAUCAGGACCGGGAAGUAGAAGUAGUGACCCACAAGGCCACAGAGGAAGACUUAGAAUCCUCUAAACCCAAUGCAUCAGAUUCAGUUAUGCUCAUCCCUAAACCUCACCAUCCUGCAAAAACCCAGGGGGAAGCUAAAGAGGCCGUGAAAUGGCUCUUUCCAGAGUUGCAUCGUCCUGACUAUGAGUACACCUCAAUGAGUGGUGAAGAAUUUAUCUCACUGUUGCAGCAGGCAUCGAGAAAGCCAGGGAAGAGGCGCACAGGGGUUCUAGCCCAUUAGUUAUAGACCCUUCUCAUGUCUGAUCUGUAAUGAUUAUACUAAUGUGAUUUUCAAACUUGUUUGCUCUACAGUUACUAAAUGCAUUGAGGUUUAAAACAUAAUUGUUUCAGUACCUGCAACCCAAUGUAUUUCAUGUCAGUAAAAUGUCAAUGUUGUGAAAAAAAAAUAAUGACUUUAUGACUAUGUGGAGAGACGAAUGCGUGAGGACACGCAUCAUUCAAGCGGGGUUGAGUGUGGUAUCCCCCAGAACUUACAGGACUCAUGCUCCCUUCAACUGACAUGUACAUUGCCUUAUUGUACCAGGUGCUCCAUGUAGGACCCUAUGAGAACCUGUGUAGCCCAGACUUUUUGCCAAAAAGGACAGCUGUAUACUCUGGGCUGCCAUAUAAACAGACAUAACCUGCAGCUUUACCCUUUCCCCCCUUUUUCUUGGAGCCUAGCAACAGUGGAUGGUGUGAUGGAGGACACAGCCCACACCUCUCAUCUGAUUGGCCAAUCCCUAGAGAGAACCCAGAGGAAGGGUGGAGUGAUGGAGAGAUUGGUGUGAGGACUGGGGGGUGCUGUAAGCUGGGACAGCAGAGAGGACAGCAGAACAAGCAGUGGGAUCCUGAGUGAGUUGCAGAGGCUGAGUUCCUGUGUGUCAGUUCCAGAGUAUCCUGUCAGCACUAGUAUCAUUGUGCAAGUCCCAGCAGCAACAGCAAGGAACUCCUCUGGAGAGAGAGGGAGUGAGAUCAGUGAGGUUUCAUCAGUAACAGCUCACUGCCCAUAUAAGAACAGAGGAAGUAGCAGCUACAGAGAAUGCCCUAUCCAUGCAGAGACAGUGCUGUGAAUACAGCAGCCAGAGACAGCACUGAGAGGUAACUCCAUCCUCAGGGAGGAUUCUGUACAAGUAAACAGGCUCCCUGCUCACACACUGUCUACAAACAUUGCAGCUGGCACUACUCCAGGAGUAUAGAACCACUUUUGUCUGUGGCACAGCAUAACUUGUUGCCAGCAAUAGCACAAACUGCCUCCUCUUACAUUAAAUGCCCUAAGUCUUAGUAGAAAGGACAGCACACACAGUGCUGGUGCCACCGAUGCUUAUCUGCCAGGCCUUACAGACCAGUGACAUUGUACAUCAGAUGAACUGUGACAGCCAGGUUACAGUGCAAAGGAGGCCUGAACAGAACUACCCAGAGUGAAUGGGAAAGGCAGUGGAUCAGUUUUCCCUCAGUGUGGCCACAGAGAGGACAGGCCUUUAUUUACACUACAGGGACAUGUCUAAGAAAGACUAAAUAUAUAUAUGCAUAUAUAUCCACGUGUGGACACACUCUAAAGGGGGUUACAGACCUGUGCACAGGCGGAAGAACAUAAGUUGUACUAAUACUUCUGAAUACAUGGGAUACUCAGUAAGGGUAAUCAGAUAAUUGUAACUGGUAACAAACUGUUUUUCUUAUGCAUGCAUAUUUUGAUGGUAACAGCUUGAAUAUUUGAGUUAAGGUUUGAAUAGUAUAAUAAGUCAAUAUAACCAAUUCAGGUAAACGUGCAUAACUGCUGAGAAGGACGGUGAUGGGAUAUGCAACACCUGAAUAAUUAAACAGUCUAUGACAGUAUUGGCAUAAUCUACGGUGUGAAGACCAACUGUUUAUUAUCUGUACUUGAUGAUUUACUGUAACGUAUUACUAUUAUUCAAGUUGUUUGAUUUUCCCAAUGCCUUUAAUAAACCGAAGUUGAGUUGACUGCUCCCUGAACAACC